CAAUGACUCCAACACGUAAACAUGUGAUAUUAUAUUUGAAACAAAACACUGGACAAAUUAGAUCGUGGGUAUAGUGGAAAAACUCGCUGCAGAGUAUGGAGUUGGCGCAUCGACCAUAUGUGACAUUGAUAAGCGCAGAGGAAAAAUCGUAUGAUUUGUUGAGGAAACAGGAAAACAUUACGGUCUGCAGAGUAUCCUAAUAUGUAAACAUUGAUGUAUGAUUAGUUCUGUAGGCAAAGAGCCAG